AUGUCGACACCCGACGUAGCCGCGAGUACAGGCACAUGCCGCAUGUGCGGUGCGAAGGCAUCCACCAGGUGCUCUCGCUGCAAAGACGUAUACUACUGUUGCAAGGAGCACAUUGCCAAUGACUGGAAGCGUCACAAGCGACUCUGCGUGCCUGCAGAGGGCGUUCAGGCGCGACCCAUCACGAUCGACGCGAUCCUCUUCCCCGUCGACGAGGAUAUGCCGCGCAUGGUCAAGGUCCCCUGCGACGUGAGGCAUGAUGACAGCGAUGAUUACCUCGACCCAUCAUUCUUCAUCAUGCAUCGCCUCGAUGUACGCGAGUGGUUCGACCUCGAAGGGGAGACGUUCGUUCGUUCGUUCGACUUCGGCGGCGGGGCAGUCACCGGGACCACCGGCUACAACCUUGCCCUCAGAUACGACGAUUGUUUUUCAAUCAACGGAUCUCCGGUGAAUCGUUGCGUUCAAUCCCUCACUCGAGGAAUGGCGCCGCAUAGUUGGGGAGGGAACCUUCUCGUAGUGAGGCAUGAGAAACCUCUGAUGUACUGCGUUCGUUACUACAACGCCAAUAUGAGGGAAGAUCUACCCCGUGUGGUAGAGGCACUCAUGGGUUAUGGGACCGACACUUACAAGUACGACCCGGACGCGGCGAACAAGUGGGGUGGACGCGUUCCUGAACUCGAGUAUUGA